AUGUUUUUUUUUUUUAGAUCAAAGAAAUGAAAAGAUCAAGCUCUAAUAAUGAUCAAAGGGAUGAAAAAGACACUAGUAAUAUAUUCCCAAUAUACUCAUCAGCUCGAUCUCAACAUGACAUGUCUGCUAUGGUUUCUGCUCUCUCUCAAGUCAUUGGUAACUCUUCUUCUUCUUCAGCUAGUGGUGAUUCCUCCUCAGUGCAUGUUAAUCCACUAACCCUAAUUCCACAAUCCACUCAGCAAAAUCAAUCUCAAUCGUCUAUUCAAGAUCAAGAAAGAAGGCGAUAUAGAGGAGUUCGUCAAAGACCAUGGGGUAAAUGGGCAGCGGAAAUUCGGGACCCGAAAAAGGCAGCUAGGGUUUGGUUAGGUACUUUUGAAACAGCGGAAGGUGCAGCACUUGCUUAUGAUGAAGCUGCUCUAAGAUUCAAAGGAAACAAAGCUAAACUCAACUUCCCUGAAAGAGUUCAAGGACAAUUCCAAUACUAUAAUCAACAUGCCACGUCAUCAAACAACACAUCUGAACAAAAUUACCCUAAUGUUCAUCACUAUGCUGAUUUAUUACUUCGUAGUGACAAUAAUAUUGAUCUAAAUUUCGAUGUUUCACCAAAUACUUUUUAUCAGUCUUUUGAUAUUUCACAAUCAUCAAUGGAAGUUCCAGUUUAUCAUGAGGAGCAGCAACAAGUUAUAACUACGCACGAAGAAGAAGAAGAGGAGGAAGACGAAGAAGAUUUUAUGAAAUAUUCUGGAUCACAUUUUGGAAAUUCUAGUAAUUGGGAUGAGUAUAAGCAUGGAAAGUAACUCUUAAUAUGGUAUCAGAGCUAGGUCCUGAAUUCGAGUCUCGUUAUUGUCACAUGCUUGGAUCAUGAAAAAGAAUCAGACUUGCAUGUGAUGAUGUGUACUGUUGAGAAUAUAAGGAAAUAAAUAAAUAUGUGUUGUCUCAAUCUAUGAGCUAAUUGUAUAAGGAGGGGAGAGAUGUAUUUUACGUAUUUUGUUGUUUUAUUAUAUUGUGGGGCUUAAUUUUUUUUUUUUAUCUUUCAGUUUAUUAUUCAUUAUGAACUAUAUGUAUAUGGUGGUGAAGUAAUGGGAAAAUAUGAAUGGUGUGUGAUUUUAUGUGUUUUAAGGAUUAA